AUGGGCUUUGGGGACGACGACGAUUAUAAGCGUAUAACCAGGCUAUUCAAAGAUAUCUUCAAAUCCGAUAGAAAACCAUCAAAAUCAAAGGCUAUUGAUUUGUUUAACGCGUCAUUAAAGAAUAGGCAUCCAAACUUUGAUAUUCUAUGGCAGAACUACGAGUCGCUCAGAUCUACUUCCACUUCGGAUACUUCUGGCGUUGAACCACAGCAGCUACUGCACACACUCAAACUACUCUCAAAAUCUUCUCAUAAGAAAGAUUUCAUCGCGUUUGAGCGUCUUUAUAACGACAUUGGUAACUUCUGGGGGUUCGAUAUUACCUCGAAUCACAUUCAUUUGUUGAUUCUUGGAAAUGUCUCACAACGUAGGCUACAUGACGCCAUUUCUUUGACAGAGAAACACCUCAGCCAGCUCAACAAACCCCACUUGUUCCCUCUUUUACUCGCUAGUUCGUCUACAAACAACGACUACUCCAGUUAUCAGCGUAUUCUUCAGCUGAUACACUCCACAAACACCACCCAAGACUUGGCCUUCUACAACGCCCGUUUGAAGCUCGCCUUCCAAUUCCAUGAUCUCCCCUUUGUCGAGCAAUUGAGACAUGAAAUCAAUUCUCUCAACCUGCAACCCGAUCUAAUCACCUAUACCAUCCUCUUAGAUGGCUAUUCCAAGUGGCAGCUGUGGGAGCAGUCCAAUUCCAUCGAAUCCUCCCUCCGCGCUCUCUCUCCAGACCUGCCCAGCUACACAUGCAUUCUCGUUGCACGCGGACGCCAAUACGGCAUCGACGAAGCCAAAAAGGUACUUAAAGACAUUGCUGAAGCCAAUCUACACCCGAACGACAUCACGCUAUCCCACCUAGUGACGCUCUCGCCCGUACCCCUCUCGAGUCAGGCAGCGCGGGAGCUAAUUGACGACCUAUCCGCUGAAGCUGGUGUCGACCCGUCCAAGCACACGUACCAAGCGAUGGUGGAGAAAUUGUUAGUCGGGAGCCACGACGCAGCUUAUGAGUUCUACAUGGAUUCUCCGCAGCGCACACUCGCCGCGACGUUGCCGCUUAUGCGCACGCUAGCGCAGCACCACGACCUCGCACGCAUGGUAGCAAUAUACGACCAGCUCGACGCGCGCACACGCCUCGACUCCGCCCUCCUCGCUCUCAUGCUGCGGGUCAGUGCUAAGCAGGGGGAUGUCUCUACGGCGACGGCGCUGCUGGUGGAGAUGAAAGAGGCUCACGUAACGCUCGAUACGCAAUUCCAGACUUCGUUUGUCAUCGCUCUCCUGCACUCUUCCCAGGACUUUUUUCAGGCUUUCCGCUUCUAUGCGAACGUAGUGGAUAGUCGCGCUUCCUUCAUCGACGGAAGGGGCUUCGAGAGCAUUAUAGCUGAGUUCUGUGGACUGCGGUUUCCUGAGGAGAAUGACGCCGAUGCCGUGCAGAUUGUCCCCGCCUUGCUCUUCAGUGAGAUUCUCAACGACAUGCGCAAGGCUGGCCACCCGCCCAGUUGCAAAACUUACACUGUACUGCUCGACUACUAUGCGCGCGUGCGGGAUGCGCGCAGUGUGGGCAAAAUAGAGACACUCCUCAAUGUUGACAGAUCGAUACGACCAGAUAUCUAUCUCUGCAAUGCUCUCCUCAAUGCCCAUAACAGAGUGGGAAGUGGUGCGCGUUGUGUUGAACUGUUUAACGCCCUUCUUUUCUCGCAGCGCGCUGAUAACGCUAGUCUGUCUAUUGCGCUCGAUUCAGCAGGUAGUAGAAGCACCCCCGCUGAUCCACUGGCCGUUUAUUCCAACGCUGCGAAAUUCAUACCACCAAACAGGAAGAAUUGGGAAACUCUCAUCGAGGCUCUCGCUAGAAGGAAACGUUUCGAUGAGGCUUGGAAGGUGCUACAGGGGGGCGAGUUCUCUGUUGAUGCUAAUUCUAUUGAGGUCUUGUUCAGGUUGACGAGAGCCUCGAGAGAUGUGGAGGCACUCGACGCUCUCAGGCUUUCUCUUGUUCAUCACUAUCCUCUCUUGUGGGACUCUAUUCGACAAAGAGUCGAUAUUCCGUGGAAGGAUUAG